AUGCUGGUGAAAUAUAUCUCUCUCGCCUUAGGCGUACUAGAAAUGCUGAUUUAUGCGAAUACCUUCUACGGCAUCCCCUUUAUCCAGCAAAUUUUCACAGACCAAAAAGUUUUCAUGAAGGAAUUUUGUUCAGAAGAAGAUUAUAAUGCCGGCAAAUACUGUACUGAGGCAAGUGAAAUGGUUGGAACAAUGUGGACGAUUGGAACGAUAUUUUCAUGCUCGGGGCCGAUUAUUUUCGGAACAUUGCAGCAGCUUAUUGGCAGUCACUGGACCAGGGUCGUUGCAGGAACACUGUCUACAGUAGGACUUCUGUUAAUGUCCUUCUACAAAACUAGUGCAUAUUGUUUGCUCGUUGGAGUCACCUUUGUUGCAUUUCCUUCCAUUGCCUAUAUCAUGCUAAACUCCUAUGUCGCGCCAAUUUACAAAGCCAUCACGACCACCUUGAAACGGAUUGUCAAGUUUUUUUGA